AUGGUCCAUAUACUUGGGCCGCACCAAGUUCGCAGGAGCGAGGGGCAAGCUAACAAAGAGACUGGCAGGAAUGGCAUCGAUGGCAACUGGUCCACCACCGAGUUGUGGGUGGGCAACGUCGACGUGUCGGAGGCUACGAUGAAUCUCAUCAUUAGCACCACCCUGUCCGAGACCUGGGUCGUAGGUUCCGGUGGCUGCGUUGACCGCGAACAACUCUGUCCUAAGUAUCGCGGGGGCACCCUUGAUAUAUGGUCAUCGAGUACGUGGUACUCCCUUGGCGACUGGCAGCUCAGCUUCCCGUAUCAAGAUGUUGAGGCCAAUGGAAAUUAUGGUCUCGAUACCCUUGUUAUCAGAGAUUCGCAAACCAAGACCCUCGUGGCUCUAGACCGGGCUCUUAUUGCCGCUUUCAACACGACCGAGUUCUACAAUGGUUUCUUUGGUCUCGGAAUCGUGUCCGGCGAAUUCGGCCGUCAGGUCUCGGAUGCUCCCUUCAGCCAGAUGGUGGCUAGGUAUGGCUGGUUUCCCAGUUAUACGUAUGGUUAUACCGCCGGCGCUUAUUAUAAGGGUUCCGGGACCCCUUCUUCUCUGGUUCUUGGGGGAUAUGACGAGAAGAGAUUCGUGGCCCACGGUAACGAGUUCACUCUGACCCGAGACACCAUCCUCCCUCAGGCUCUAGUCCGCGGGAUCGAGGUCUCCGUUCCUGAUGACAAGAGCAAGCCUGAGCAUUGGGACUCGAAUUCGUUUGUUUUGUCCAACAUGUCAACAUCGUUCGAGGCCAUCAUUGACAGCUCAACCCCCUUUCUUUCGCUUCCUCAGGAAGUGUGCGACAACUUCGUUGGGGCACUUAACCUAACUUUCAACCCCAAGCUUGACGCGUACGAACUCACCAACGACCAGUUCGCCCAGCUCAAAUCCGACGAUUCCUUCACUUUUACCUUUAGUCUGUCGAGCUACGACAAUAACGAUGACUUUGGGCACCCUCUUGAUGUGGCCGGUGUUGUCAACAUCACCCUUUCUGCCCACGCAUUCGCUCACACUCUUGGAUAUCCUUGGAACAACAUGGCCAUCGAAUACCAGGACCAGCGUAUCCCAUAUUUCCCUAUCAGGGUUGCCCCUGACAAUACUUUCAUACUGGGAAGGACUUUCCUUCAAGAGGCCUACCUUUUGACCAAAUACGACACGACAGUCUUCUCCAUCCACCAGGCCCUCUACCCAGAGAGCCGCCUUGAGGCGGAGAUCGUAACUGUAGAGCAACCACCCAACAGCCCCUAUCCACCGCCCUCGAGUAGCGGUGAAAAGCACGGCCUAAAGAAGAACCAGAUGAUUGGAAUCGUGGCCGGCGUGGUUGUUGCCACUCUUAUUGCCCUCUUUGUCUUCUGCUUCUGCUGCAGGCGCAGGAGAAAGAGAACUCGCGUGCCAGUGGCGUACACGGAAGAAGACGCCAAGGACAAUGCGUCAUCCAUCAUGACCGAGACACCCAAGACGCCUGUCGGUCGCAUAUUCUCUAAAAUCAUUCGCCGAAAGCGAUCGCGAAAGGCCGAGUCCAUUGCGGCUUCCGGGACGGAGACGAAUCCGGCAGAGGUCGGCGCAGAUGCGACGCACGAGCUUUACGAGCUACCUGCUCCUUUAGAUCCCGUGGAACUCGAUGCCGAUACCCAGUCCAUCGUCAGCGAGACUGAUCUCGGGACUGAGGGCACUGAAAAUCUCAGUGCGUACGAGCUCGCCAGGCGAAAGAUGGAACGCCGCCUCCAAGGCCCCGUUCCGGCGUAUAGCCCCCUGCCGAUGAUGCUGUCAUCUCAGGCGGCGAGGCUUCGACUGCUCGGCCAACAACAUCUCCCCGACGUCUCCAUCCUCCACCGGGCCUGGAGCGAGCAGCAGGGUGCAAAGGACCCCGAUCGACCCGAGCAAAAUCGUCUGCUUGGGGCCUUUGCCAGAGAAUGUGCAGCUCCCCUGCCAAGUCCCACGAGGUCCACGAUGCCUCGCACCACCGGCAUGGAGCCGCCCAGUCCCGGCCUCGCGGUGAUGUCGAAUCAGGAGGCACGGGUCUCGACUGACACACUUGGGAGCAACUUUACGGACGUUGAAGAGCAGUUGGCCCGGGACGCCCCGAACAGGGGUGGCUCAAACGCGCCGGCAAAUCCGUCCAUCAGUCCUAUAAACACUACCAACCAAAGUGAGGGCCCUGCCCCCACAACCUCGAGUGCACGGAGCCUCGAGAGGAUAGACGCAGGCGUCGAGCUGGUCCACGUCCCGCAGCUGGCUGAAAGGCGGUAUAGUUGGGAGGAAUAA